GCUGGCUUGGAACUAACGACGAUUCUUCUUCUAUAAGUGACAACGAGCACGAAGAAACUGUAGCAGAAAAACUAACGCCUGUCAACAUGGUCCAUGCUGAAGACACAUUAAUCGAGCGACAAAGUCUUUCAACUUUGGAGUUUCGAGUUCAUCAUUUGGAAAAAUCAAUCUUUGGUUUUGAUACAAUUUCAAAAAGAGUGUCAGCGCAUGAUAAGUUCAAGGAACAACUGACAUUACUAAAGCGAGUUGAUGAGAUCAAGAAGGAGUUUAAUACCAUUAUACGUGAUGAGGCUGACGACGACCAGGUAUCGGACCUCGUUUCUCCCUUCAAAGAUUCUGCACUCGCAAUGGAGAGAGUUGUACUUACACCUGAGGCUAAAGCUGAAAUCGUUUGUUCUUCUGCGGAAGAAUUAAAAUUAGUAGCCGAUAAUUUAGGACAAAUUAAGGAUUUACAAGAAUCUAUAGAUGCUCCAGAAUUCAAAGGCCUCGAUAAGCUCUUUCCUCAGGUUACACCUAUUGAAACCGGUCACGUAGACCAAGUGGCUAGAGCUGACGAAACUUCUGCUCACAUAACAUCUUU